AUGUGCAAAGAAAAUGGUUCAUAUUGUCCUUUUGUUCUGCUUGGGGUUGUGGCAAGUGUGUUUGGUGAUACAGUUAAAGUGGAGUCAGUGUCAGUGCUGGAGGGAGAUUCAGUCACUCUAGACUCUGGUUUUACUGAAAUGAUGGAUGAAGAUCUGAUUCUGUGGAGGUUUGGAUCUGAAAACACUUUAAUAGCUGAAAUCAGUGUAAUGACAAACAGCAUGACUGUAUAUGAUGAUGAUCUUGCUGAGAUAAAUGAAGACGAGGUCACUUACAUUGAGCCUACGUUCUACAAAAGACAAGCACGGACACCGGAUGUUAAAGAGGAUGAUCAUGUGGAAUAUGCACCUAUCAACAAGAGUAUGUUUGGUGAAACAGAUGAAGUGACAUCAGUGUCAGUGACGGAGGGAGAUUCAGUCACUCUAGAAACUGGUUUUACUGAAAUAAUGGAUGAUGAUCUGAUUCUGUGGAGGUUUGGAACUAAAAACACUUUGAUAGCUGAAAUCAAUGUAACUACAGACCGCUUUACUAUAUAUGAUAAUGGUCCUGAUGGGAGAUUCAGAGACAGACUGACAGUGGAUCAUCAAACCGGAUCUCUGACUAUCACAGACAUCAUAAAAAAACACUGUGGACUCUAUAAACUACAGAGCAACCGUGUGAGCAAGACAUUCAGUCUUGCUGUGUAUGCUCGUCUGCCUGUCCGUGCCAUCAGCAGAAACUCUCGGUCUUCAUCAUCAUCUUCAUCUUCAUCAGAAUAUGAACAGCUCAACUUCACUAAAUUCUGUCAGGCACGUGCAGAAGUCUGUGUCCAGUGUUGUGAUACAGUUGAAGCUGUGAUCCGAUUGGUCGUCACUGCUUUGAUGGGCGUGGCUGCUGCAGCUGCUGUUGUUGUUUUGGUCAAUGACAUCAGAUCUUACAAAAACUGUUAA